GCUGAGGACCUCGGCCUGAGCUCCAAAGCUCCCAACCCAAAAUCUCCAUACCACCCGCCCCCAGCCAGAGCUCCCACGCCAUGCGCAGUGCCUCUCGACCGCCCUAAUGUCCGACGCGUCGCCUGAGGUAGGCGAUGGCACAAGGCCCCUAGAUGCGGCCGCCAGCCCGCCGUCGCGUCCUGCCGCCGACGCCGAGCCUCAGGCCCAAGAAGCCCAAGACGCGUCCAGCAGCUCCCCAGAAGCGGUCGAGUCCGCGACAGGCGGAGCAGCCGCCGACGCCAAGCCUGAUGAGGCUGUCGAGUCGACGGAGGAGGACGACGAAGAUGAUGACGUAGAGGAGGAGGGGGACGACGACGACGACGAAGAUGACGACGACGAAGAUGAUGAUGAAGAACCAGAAGAACCACGACUCAAGUACACUCGUCUAACCCAGCAUCUGGGCGCGGUGUACAAAAAUGGCGAUGCCACGAGCAGCUUCCUCGUCGCCGGCGACAAGAUGAUCGUCGGCACGCACAGCGGUAACAUUCAUGUCAUGCAACUGCCUACCUUCCAGUCUCUCUUCGUCUACCACGCGCACUCUGCUUCGGUGACAUCGCUGUCGAUAUCCCCUUUUCCUCCGCCGUUGUCUGUGCUCAAGCCAGACGCCGUCCUCAAGGCCGCGGCUCUCAGCGGUGCCGGCAGUCCCCUCCGUCCGGCAUCUAGACAUUCCAAGCAAUCCGAUGCGUCACCCGCCGCUGUCUCGAGAAAGCCCAAGGAGUCUCCAGCUGUCCCCAACAUCCCAUCGAACAACAUCUACAUCGCCACGUCCUCUAUGGACGGCAAUGUUUGCGUGCAGUCAUUGAUCGAUCGAAGGGAUGUGCAGCUUCGCAACUUUGCGCGCCCCGUCCAGACGGUGGCCCUGUCGCCAGAUUAUAAAAACGACCGUACCUAUCUCUCAGGGGGUUUGGCCGGGAACCUGAUACUCACCGUAGGGGGGCAUCCCGGGAAGAGCAACUCAACAACGAUAGGGACAGCUGCCGCCACGGCCUCCGGAUGGCUAGGCACCAUCGGUCUUGGCGGCAACGCCGGCAAAGACACCAUCCUUCAUUCAGGCGAGGGGACCAUCAGCAGCAUAAAAUGGUCCUUGUCUGGCAAGUACGUUGUCUGGUUGAACGAGCACGGAAUCAAGAUCAUGCGGGCCAAGAUUAAGCUCGAGAGCGCCGAUCUGGACGACGCCUGGAAGCGCAUCGGCCACAUCGACCGACCACAGACAGCCGAGUGGGACGCCAUGGCAAGCGCAUGGAAGGGUAGAGCUGAGUGGAUUGACGAGCAGGCCGUCGACUCGGACGACGGUGAGGUUGCCGAACCAAAAUUCGAACGCACCGGCUCGCCUUCUCCUGCAGCCGAGAAGCUGAAGCAGCAGCAGUCGAAGCACGACAAAAGCAUUGAGAAACUUGUGGUUGGAUGGGGCGGCACGAUAUGGGUCAUCCAUGUGCACCCCGGUGGAAUGGGAGUCGGCAAACACGUUGGCGAGCGGUCGAUCGGCCGAGCCGAAAUACAUCAAAAACUUCGCAUGGACUGUUUGAUUUCGGGAAUUUCCUUGUAUACCCAGAACCUUUUGUUAGUUCUUGCUUAUUGCUUGCCUAAUGACGAGGAUGAGGAGGAGGAUGAGGGACCCCAUACGCAAGGGCAGGGUCAUCAGUCGAAGCCCUCUACAGCCUCUGGAAGCAGCGAGCCGUCUGGGGGCAUCCGACGGAGGCAGAACAAUCAGCCACCAGAGCUGCGACUGAUCGACCUCGGGUCGCAAUCCGAGGUUUACAAAGACGGUCUCAGCAUGAGCCGGUACGAAAGGCUGUCCGCAAGCGACUACCAUCUCGGCGUUUUACCGGCGUCCAAUGCUGCGGCGGUUACUUCUUCAAAGGGCGCACUUGAGGCUCUGGCUGGCUUCGGUACAGACAUGUGGAAUGCGGCCAUCAAUCCCAAGAUGCUGUUCAGCUCCGGAGCCAGCAUCAUGAGCAGCAACAGCAACGAUGCCAGCUCAGCUACCAAGGCCCACACCGUCUCCGGAAGCAUCAAGGGCAUGAUGAGAAUGCAGACGCAAGCCAUUCAUCCCAGCCUCGAUAAGCCAGGAACCAAGAUUUUUAUCCACAGCCCUUACGACUGCAUCCUCUCGACCAAGCGAGAUUUGGGUGAUCAUCUCGUAUGGCUGCUAGAACGGCAGGAGUAUCAGAAGGCCUGGGAGCUGGUCGAUGAGCACCCAGAGAUCAUGGCCACGGUCACGAACCUGCCGGAGCUGCCUCCCUCAACGCCAACUGCCGACAGAUCUGGCCCAACGACACAGUCCUCGGACGAUUUCUUUGAUGAUAGCGCUUCGGUUGUGGAGGCGGCAAGCCGCGUGUUCAACUCUUCGGCCGCAAAAGAAAAAAGACGGAUCGGAGAGUUGUGGAUGCAGGAGCUGGUUGAGGAGGGCGACUGGGUCCGGGCUGGGCAGGUGGCGGCCAAGGUUUUGGGGAGCGCUGACCGAUGGGAAAAGUGGAUUUGGACGUUUGCCGGCGCCGACAAGUUCGACGAGAUCGCCAACUACAUGCCAACGGAACCCAUGCGCCCGCCGAUCAAGACGUCUGUUUACGAAGUUGUCUUGGGUCACUACAUCAAGGAGGAUAAACCACGGUUCCGUGAGCUCUUGGAUCGUUGGCCAACAGACCUCUUCGACAUCAACACUAUCACCACGGCUCUGGAGAACCAGCUCAACUACCGUGACGUUAGGGAGAGCAGCGUGGAAGACGGAGAAAAGGGCCGUGACUGGCGGAUAGUGAUGGAGAGUCUGGCGCGGCUGCACGAGGCCAAUGGCCGCCAUCGUGAGGCUCUCCGAUGCCACAUACGGCUGCAGGAUGCCGACAGCGCGUUCCGCCUCAUUAGGGAACGCCACCUUGCCGAUGCUGUGGCAGACGACAUCCCCAGCUUUAUCAAUCUGCGAGUCCCAGCUGGCAUGGAAAACAAGAUGAAGCUGUCGGAACUUGAGGAGGCAACUGCUGACGCUAUUACGCUCCUCGUUGACGAGGCACAGCAUGGCCUGGUCAAGCCUGAGAUCGUCGUGUCCCAGCUUCGCGAGAAGGAUUUGAACACGUACCUCUUUUUCUAUCUGCGCGGCCUGUGGAGCGGGGAUGGGAUCCAGCAACAGGAGCACGAGAUGGGCGACCGGCUGCGCGACGAGAGCCGAUCGCUUGUGGACGACUUUGCAGACCUCGCCGUUCAUCUCUUCGCGUCGUACGACAGAGCACUGUUGAUGGAGUUUCUCGAAAAGUCGCUAUCGUACUCGUACGAAAGGGCAGCCUCGGAGUGUGAAAGCUACAAUUACAUCCCCGAGCUGGUUUACCUAUACGCCAAGACGGGCCAGAUGAAGCGAGCGCUCUACCUUAUCAUCGACCGUCUGGGUGAUGUCAGCCGGGCUAUCGCCUUUGCCAAGACGCAGGACGACCCAGACCUUUGGGAGGACCUCCUCAACUACAGCAUGGACAAGCCGCGCUUCAUCAGGGGCCUGCUCGAGGAGGUUGGAACCGCCAUCGACCCUAUCACGCUAGUUCGCCGGAUACCCCAGGGACUCGAAGUGCCCGGCUUGCGCGAGGGCCUCACCCACAUCAUGAAGGAGCAUGAAAUUCAGCACAGCAUCUCAUCGGGUGUGGCGCGCGUCCUCCGCUCCGAAGUUUCAACCGCCCAAGCCACACUACGGGGAGGGCAGCGGCGGGGCGUCAAGUUCGAGGUCGCCGCCGUGUCACAGAACCCUGGUCACCUGCACAUCGAGCCGAAAGCAGCGCCUGCAGCCACAGCUGGCAUCGCCACACCCAAUGGGGUGGGUGCUGCGUCGGCGUUGGCAGGAGAGGGCGACUCGGUACCCGCCAUCCCCGACCCCUCUGUCGCACAGCCGAAGGAGCCAGAGAAAGAGUGGUCACCGGGCCAUUGCGCAGUCUGCUUCGAGGCCUUUACCGAGUGGGAGGUAGAGACUCUGGUCGGGUUCGCAUGCGGCCAUGUGUUCCACCUCUCGCAUCUUCUCGAGACUCUCAAUCCCGGCGGGCACCAGGCGGAGGCCAAGCAGGCAAAUGGGGACGGCCCCUGGGUCGGCGAAAGGGCGAGUCGACGGAGGCAAUACGUGGGCUCCAAGGUUACACACGCUCGGCUGCUCAGGGACAAGAUCCAAGGAGGGUGUCCCGUCUGUCCAAGGAAGAGCAAGGAGAUGUUAUUAGCUUAGAGGAGACUCCUUUUUUUUCAAUAUGGUAUGCCAAGUUUGAAAGCACGUUGGGAGUUAUACGGCUUUUAUUUUAUGCAGCGUCACAUGGCGGUGUCUCUACACAUACCUCAACGCUGUACGCAUCAACAUAUCUGGUGUCACUAGGGCUACGCAUUUCAGUAUACACAGACGCAUAAGUACUUGUUUAUUUACAGCAAUGGGCAAGCUAUACCUUCCAUA